AUGGCCCCUACUAAGCCUACCAAAGCUACAAAGAAGACCGGGAAUAAAGCUAAUCAAUCUCAGCUCAAGGAGGCUGUGCGUGCGUUGGGCGGGGAUGAUGGUGAUAUCCAGCUCCUCCGAGGCGUCGAUAGCGACGAUGAUGGGGCUGUAAGCAGCAAGAGCGGGAGCAAAGAAAAGAAUGGUCUUCAAGCUCGCGAGCUUGCACAAUUCGUCAAGUCGCUCAACCUACCUGCGGUUAGCGCGCUAGACGAAACCCCAAGUGCUUCCAUUAAGAGAAAGGGGAAAGGGAAAGAAGAAUUAAAGGAAACCUCCCGAAAAAAGGACGUGCGUAGCGUGGAUGGCAAUGACGGUCCCAGGCUUGGAGAUAAGGCAAAGCAGAAGGGCGAGGAGGCGAGUAAGGACAAGUCUGACAAGGACAAGCGGGGCAAGAAAAAGGACAAGAAAUCCAAGGAUGACGUCAAGGAUCACUCUAAAGAUCAAACAUCGAACAAACCUUUACCCACUGCUAUCACUCCAACCGUUGCUCCGGCCCAGCCCACUGCACCGUCCAAGUCGACAGGGAAAAAGGCAAAACUGAUCCUCAACCCUUCAUCGAAAUGGUAUGAAGAUCUGCCUCCGUUGGCCCCAUCGAACGGAACGUUAUCCGAAAGCAAGCUCUCUGCAUUGGCCGCUCGAGCCGCGGCAUUGCACGCCUCGGAUAGCACAGCUUUCUCUGAAUCUCAGUUCGGCCUUUCGACUUCUGAUGCACACUUUUUGGAAAGCGUGCUCCAAGGAGGAACCAGGAGCGACAGGCUUAGUGCGUUAGCGUUGGUCGUUCAAGGAGCUCCAGUCCAUAGCACUCGAUCACUGGAAGGCCUUCGUGCUAUGGCGUCAAAAAAAGGAGGCAGAGGCGAAAGCUUAAAGGCGCUUCGUGCGAUUGUCGACUGGUGGGUUGGAGGCGGAUGUCCCGACCGCAAACUCAGGUACUUCCGUGACCAACCCGUUGCUUCACCGGACAUCACCGAUGCCCACCUUAUUGCCUGGCAUUUCGAGGACUGGCUGAAGAAGUACUUCUUCAGUAUUCUUCAAUUACUCGAGCCGCUCUCCCUAGACCCCCUCCCCUACAUUCGAACCCAAACUAUGUCACUCAUUUUCACCCUUCUCAAAGAGAAGUCUGAGCAGGAACAAAAUCUUUUGAGGCUCCUAGUCAACAAACUCGGCGACUCCGACAAAAGCGUAGCUUCCAAAGCAUCGUUUCAUAUACUCCAACUUCUUGUCCCUCACCCCUCUAUGAAGGUCGUCAUUAUUCGCGAAAUGACAUCCCUUGUAUUAAAAAAACAGGCAGAUCAUACGCACGCACAUGCGCGAUACUAUGGAGUCAUCACUCUCAACCAAUUUACAUUGGGGUCUGGGGACAAAGAUAUCGCUUCCGCGUUGAUCGGCCUCUAUUUCCAGAUAUUUGAAGAUAUUCUUGGAAAGGGGGAGGAGGAGCCCUCAGUAGGAAAUGCUGCCGAGGAAGAUCAAGUCCUCAGACGGCCUAAUGCCCGAGAGAAAGCGCGACAGAAAGAGAAGAUGAUGAAGAAGGGCAUCAAAGGAAAGGUGCCCGGCGGAGGCGAAGUAUUUGCGGAAACCGAGGAUUCUAAUGCCAAGUUAAUCGCCGCGAUAAUUACUGGGAUUCACCGUGCAUUACCAUUUGCCAAAACUGACACGAGCAUAUUUGAUAAACAUAUGAGCACUUUGUUCCGCAUCACUCAUUCGGCUCCCUUCAAUAUUCGUAUUCAGGCUUUGGUGCUAAUCGAAAAAGUGUCUUCAGCGAAUAAGUCUAUUUCGGAUCGCUUCUAUCGCACUCUAUAUGACUCUAUUCUCGACCCCCGCCUCCUCAUUUCAUCAAAGCAGGCCAUGUACCUGAAUCUAGUCUUCAAGGCCAUGAAAUCAGAUACAUCAUACCGCAGGGUUGUUGCAUUUGUCAAGAGGAUGCUUCAAUCCCUUACGGUGCACCAGCCACCGUUCAUAUGUGGGGCUUUGUAUCUUUUGGGCGAGCUCUUCAACACGACACCUGGACUACGGGAUUUACUCAAGGACAAUGAAGUUAAGAGGAGUCAGGCCACCAUUUCUGAGGACUUGGAAGACCCGACCCGGGGUGACGGCUCAUAUGACCCAAAGAAACGUGAUCCACAGUGGGCGAACGCUCAUAGGACUUGUCUAUGGGAACUACUUCCAUUCUUGCACCAUUAUCAUCCCUCUGUAUCACUGCAUGCUCGCCAACUUCUUACUGGCGCCCAAAUAACGGCUACUGCAGACUUGGGCCUCAACACGCUCACCCACUUCUUGGACCGGUUCGUAUACAGGAAUCCCAAGAAGCCAAAGCCGCGUCCAGUAUCGGUUAUGCAUCCAGCCGCGCACGACCCAGACGGUACUCGUGUUCGUCUAAUGAAGGGCACGGUCGAUGCAACACCGACGGUGAAUGAGGAAUCGUUUUGGAAAAAGAAUGCGAAGGAGGUUCCAGCUGAUCAGCUAUUCUUUCAUAAAUUCUUCCUACAAAAGGCUGAAAAACAGAAAGCCAGAGUCAGUAAGGCCGAGAAACGGAAGAAAGAAAAGGACGAAGAUAGUUUAGACGACUCUGAUGAGAAUAGUAUGGGGCAUGUCGAAGAUGACGAAGCUGAAGGUGAUGAUUCAAGUGAUAACGGUGGCGAGAGUGAAGAAGAGAGUGAGCUAGAUGAAGAUGCCGUAUGGAAGGCCUUGCAAUCGUCUAUGCCCGAGCUCCAAAAUGCGGAGGAUGAUAGUGAUGAUAUUCCUAGCGGCUUGGACGAUAUGUCAGAUGAUGAAGACGAUGACUUGGGUGGUCAUAAGUCAGAGCAAGAAAGCGGUUCCGGUGUGGAAGACGAUGGCUCAGUCGAAGGUGGUAGUAUGCCGGAUGAUCUGGGCGACUCGGACGAAGAAAUCGAAUUUGCCGAAGACCCAGAUGAUUUGAUCGAGCUUUCUGGUGGAGACGCCACUUCUUCAGAUGAAGAAGCGGUCCAGGGCAAGCGUAAAAAGGCUUCUGCGGCGGACAGCAAACGCGAAAAACGCAAGAGGCCGCGUAGAUUGCCAACGUUUGCUUCUGCGGAAGACUAUGCGAAGAUGAUUGAUGAAACACCAGAGGACGAUAUAUAG